AUGUUAGACGUUUUCCGCGGUUUAAAGAAUCUCAUUAAGGUGAACUAUGUACACAUCGACUCGCCGGUGUUCAGGCUACACUACUCCAUUACCGUGGUGCUGCUUGUGUCGUUCAGCCUGAUAGUGACGACGCGCCAGUACGUCGGGAACCCCAUAGACUGCAUCCACACCAAGGACAUCCCCGAGGACGUGCUCAACACCUACUGCUGGAUCCACUCCACCUACACCCUGAAGAGCUUCUUCCACAAGAAAGUGGGAGUAGAAGUCCCUUACCCCGGCAUCGGGAACAGCAGAGAGAAGGGAAAAGAAGACAUGAGCGACAGAAAGAUAUACAAAUACUACCAAUGGGUCUGCUUUUGUCUGUUCUUUCAGGCGAUGCUGUUCUACGCGCCACGCUGGCUGUGGAAAUCCUGGGAGGGGGGAAAGAUCCGGGCGCUGAUGAUGGAUCUGGAUGUUGGUGUGUGCACAGAGAUCGAGAAAAAAACCAAGAAGAAGCUCAUCCUGGACUACCUGUGGGAGAAUCUGAGGUAUCACAACUGGUGGGCCUACAGAUACUACCUGUGCGAGGGGCUCGCUCUUAUCAACGUUAUAGGGCAAAUGUUCCUCAUGAAUCGCUUCUUCGACGGUGAGUUCAUGACUUUUGGACUGGACGUCAUCGCUUACAUGGAGUCUGAUCAGGAAGACCGAAUAGACCCCAUGAUAUACAUCUUUCCGAGAAUGGUCAAAUGUACGUUAUUCAAUAAAUUCGGUUCGUCCGGUGAAGUGGAGCGUCACGACGCGCUCUGCAUCCUCCCCCUGAACGUGGUCAAUGAGAAGAUCUACGUCUUCCUCUGGUUCUGGUUCGUCAUCCUCGGUUUCCUGACCUUCAUCACUCUCGUCUACCGAGUGGUCAUCAUCUUCUCACCGCGAAUGCGCGUCUACAUGAUGAGAAUGCGCUUCCGACUCGUCAGACGAGACAACGUCGACACCAUCGUCAGGAGAAGCAAGAUGGGCGACUGGUACCUCCUGUAUAUACUCGGAGAGAAUCUCGACUCGGUCAUAUUCCGAGACAUAAUGCACGAGUUCGCCAACAAGUUGAACCACAACUACCAGCACCACAUCCACGGCGUGCCGGACGCGUGA